CACUAACAUACGAGACAGACUUCAUAUGGAGGAUCAUCAUAGGUCAAUUUACUAUUGCACUAUACGCUUUUUGUAAGACUAGAACAAUAUUUUGAGAACUGGAUCAUUUUGGUUAAGUACUUAUUGGGUCACUAUCUGAAGAAACUGGUUGAAUUUUGUGAACCCGACUGAGUCUCCGAAAAACAGAGGUCUAAAACACCUCUUGAUCACACAGGCAAAGCGGGCGUUCGCAUUUCAGACACCAGGAACCAGAGGUGAUUAGCAAUUAAAGGAAAAAUAGCCAAGUACCAGUUACAAUAUAUUGAGUCCAUACACAGAGUUGGAAGUGUAUAAAAAUAUUGGAAUUCGGAAUCUAGCGUCAUAGCUGUGAGAAUACCGAUUACGGGAAAGUGACCAAGGGGCUGAGCAUUUAAGAUGAUCUUAUUAGAGAAGCUGGGGCAGCAGUUGGGUCAUCCCACCCGGUCAGUGUAUGGUUGGCUGAUCACUAAGUUCCUGAAGAAUCACAACAAGAUGUUAGAGGAGAGUGCGGUGUCUCUGUCUGGGAUCCAGCCUGGAGAUACAGUGUUAGAGCUGGGCCACGGGCCAGGGCUGGGCCUGAAGGCUGCAGCCACACUGCUGACAGAACCUACUGGGAGACUCAUAGGAGUGGACUACUCACAAUACAUGCACAAGAUGGCAGGUGAUCUUCUGAAGGAGUUGGUGUCCAAUGGGAGGGUGUCUCUGUAUCAGUGUGAUGUGGCAGCCAUGCCUCUAGCAGACAAUAUGGUGGACAAGGUGUUCCACUGUAAUUGUUACUACUACUGGCCAGACCUGAGGAAGGGAGCUGCAGAGAUACACAGAGUCAUGAAACCAGGAGGUGUGAUGGUGACCACUCUGAGACUGAGCAGAGUGGUCAGCUUUGCGUCCAGGAGGGAGUUCCCUGGACGGAACUGGCAACCCGAGGCCUACAUGGCAGCUCUGAGAGCCUCUGGGUUUAACCAGGUCACAAUGGAGGAUCAUCAACACAGACACAUCACCUACCAGGCCAUUUACGCUACUGCUGAUAAGUGAUGAACACACACGCCAUCAUUUGUCAUUCAGGAAUCGAGGAUCACUUACUUUUUUAAAUAAAUAGCUGUGUAUUGUUUCAAAUCACAAGCUCGUUGGCCUCUGCCUGUUAGGGCAGCGUGGCAAUAUGCCAAGCUGAUUACUGAGUUGCGAAAAACAUCUAAAAUAUGUGAAGAUAAUGUGUUUUGAGUAAAAUAAAAAAUGUUGAGUCUCUCUCUCCAGACUGGCUCAGUAGGGCAGGGGUGUGUUAUUUUAGUUAUUGUCCACCAUAAUGUGCAAAUAAAUUCAUAAA